GAUCUCUGGGGCCCGCGGGAGGCAUGGCUGGGACCUCGGCGCCGGGCAGCAGAAGGCGGAGCGGGCCUCCAGCACCUCUCCCUGGCCCAUCGCUCGGCACUGGACACCCCCCGAGCAAGCGAGCCCGGGGCUUCCCCGCGGCCGCUGACCCUGACCCCGAAGACCCGUUUAGUGCUCACGGGGACUUCACCGCAGACGACCUGGAGGAACUCGACACCCUCGCGUCACAGGCCCUGAGCCAGUGCCAGGCCGCGGCUCGGGACGUGUCCAGUGAUCAUAAGGUCUCCAGAUUAGAUGGGAUGUCAAAAAAUCCUGCAGGGAAAAGCAGAGAAAGUGUUCUGGUUAAAGAUAAUUUCGAAUUAGAGGUACUUCAGGAACAAUACAAAGAACUUAAAGAAAAGCUAAAGACAAUGGAAGAAAAAGUCCUCGUUAAGAAUGGAGAAAUUAAAGUUUUGCGGGACUCACUGCAUCGGACAGAAUCCAUUCUAGAGGAACAGAGAAGAUCACAUUUCCUUCUUGAGCAAGAGAAAACCCAAGCACUCAGUGACAAAGAAAAGGAAUUCUCCAAAAAGCUCCAAUCAUUGCAGUCUCAACUCCAGUUUAAAGAUGCAGAGAUGAACGAGUUAAGGACAAAACUUCACAGCAGUGAACGAGCAAAUAAACUGGCUACUCCCUCUGUUUCCCAUGCCAGUCCUAGGAAAAACCCUUCUGUGGUUAUAAAGCCAGAAGCGUGUUCUCCACAAUUUGGAAAAACAUCUUUCCCUACAAAGGAGUCUUUUAGUGCUAACAUGUUCCUUCCCCACCCCUGCCAGACAGAGCCAGAAUACAAGUCUCUGGUGGGCAUUAAGGUUUCAGAUAAUAAGGGCCAUAGUCUGAGAGGUAACCCCAUAAAACAAGAAGAGACCCAGAGAAGUCUUGUUGACAGCCUGAUGCAGAGAUCAAACACUCAAGGUUCCAUUUUGAUAAACCUACUCCUGAAGCAGCCUUUGAUUCCAGGAUCAUCCCUAGGCCUUUGCCAUCUCCUGAACAGUUGUUCUGAGGCUCCUGCUGGCACCCUCUUGCAGCCACCAGGGUUUGGCAGUACUUUGGCUGGGAUUUCAGGCCUCAGGACCACAAGUUCUAGUGAUGGGUCAUUUUCCCUCUCAGCCCUGAGAGAAGCUCAGAAUUUGGCAUUCACUGGACUGAAUCUGGUUGCCAGGAAUGAAGGCUCAUGUGAUGGAAAGCCAGCAGAGGGAGGCAGAAGGGCCUUCCCGCUCUGCCAGCUUCCUGGAGCUGUGCAUCUCCUUCCCCUCAUACAGUUCUUCAUCAGCUUACACUGCCAGGCUCUGCAGGAUUUGGCAGCAGCUAAGAGAAACGGAGCUCCUGGGGACUCACCUACACACUCCUCCUGCAUGAGCUCUGGAGUAGAGGCUAGCCCUGAGGACUUAAUCUGCAACCUGGAAGGCUUCUGUGUGGCUUCACUUAGCAUUCUUCAGCACCUGGUGUGCCACAGUGGAGCAGUUGUCUGCCUUUUACUGUCAGGAGCAGGGUCGGAUUCUGCUGCUGGAGAAGGAAAUGGGAGCCUGGUUCACAGACAUAGUUGUGUAGAAAUGACCCCAGCCCUGAAGGGGGUUGCUGAUGACCAAGGACAGCAUCCAUUAUUGAAGAUGCUUCUUCACCUUUUGGCUUUCUCUUCUGCAGCAACAGGUCGCCUUCAGGCCAGUGUCCUGAGUCAGUGCCUUAAGGUUUUGGUGAAAUUAGCAGAAAACGCUUCCUCUGAUUUUUUGCCCAGGUUCCAGUGUGUGUUCCGGGUGCUGCCCCAGUGCCUCAGCCCAGAGACUCCGGUGCCUAGUGUACUGCUGGUGGUUGAGCUCCUAUCCCUUCUGGUGGACCAUGACAAGCUCACGCCUCAUCUCUGCUCCCCCUCAGAAGGCUGCCUCUUCCUGCUGCUGUACAUGUACAUCACGUCAAGGCCUGACAAAGUGGCCUCGGAGACACAAUGGCUUCAGCUGGAACAAGAGACGGUGUGGCUCCUGGCUAAGCUUGGUGUACAGAGCCCCUCACCCCCAGUCACUGGCUCCAACUGCCAGUGCAACGUGGAGGUGGUCCGAGCUCUCACGGUGAUGCUGCACAGACAGUGGCUCACAGUGCGGAGAGCAGGGGGGGCCCCAAGGACUGGCCAGCAGAGGCGGACAGUGCAGUGUCUGCGGGACACAGUGCUACUGCUGCACAGCCUGUCCCAGAAGGACAAGCUCUUUACCAUGCACUGUGUGGAGGUCCUGCAUCAGUAUGACCAGGUGAUGCCAGGGGUCAGCAUGCUGAUUCGAGGGCUUCCUGACGUGACAGACUGUGAAGAGGCAGCCCUGGAUGACCUCUGUGGCACGGAGACGGAUGUGGAGGACCCUGAGAUGGACUGUGGCUGAGGCCCGUGAGCAUCGAGCCACAUGGUGGCACCAGCACCACUACUUUCCUCAUCUCAUUAACUGAUUAAAAAGCAGCGACUUCCUGCAGAGAACAUACCA